AUCUGCUCGCUGCAGCGGCGACCCCGCGGAGGAUGCGCGCGGCCGACAUCUUGUCUCCCCGCCGUCUCGUCUCCGGUGCGCGUUAACGGCGCGCGGCCCUCGCUCGCGUCUGCGGGCCGUCGCUAUGUGACGUCGCCCUCGGAUCGGUGUGGCCGCCAUCGUCAGCGUCGACAAUGACGAGCGACGCGCAGGAAAUGUCGCCCGACUUCGUGCUCAUGCGUGUGGUCUCCGCGGCCGAGGAGGACCGCCCGGACGCGGACAGCGGGGCCGUGGUGGCCCACAGCGGCGGCAAGGCGAGCUUGGACCUCGGCCGAGACUCGGGCCUCGAGCAUCCCGGCGGAUGCCGGAACAAAGCCCCGGCGAGCGGCGGCGGCGGCGGCCCUGCUGCACCUGACAGCGGCCGAGCCCCGCUGUGCGCGCCGCCUCGGCCGCAGAGCCCCGCGGAGGCCCCGAGCUGCGAGUUCGCUCCCGGACUGCGGCCUCAGCUGCUCGUCUUCUCGGAUCUCAUGCGGACUGGGGACCGUCUGAACAGGAAUCCUUUGGCCGCGGACCAGAGCUCGGGUGCGGGUUGCUCCCACUUGACUGCCAACAACAACAACACGCUGGAUCCCGCUCGGGUCCAGCAGGAGCAGAACCGGCUGGACGGGACCUGGUCCACGCACGCCGCCGUCCCGGUGUCCGCGGAGCCCGCGGAACUCUGCCACCGGCCCGAGUGGCCCCUCUUGUCGGGAGGCUCCGGCCCGCUGGCAGGCAUCACUCGGGACCGGGAGGGCGCCGUGCUGGAGCUGGCCCGCAGGUUCGGGGAGCUGGGGGUCGGGGGGGUUCCGAAGAUGCUCUUCAAAGCGGGCGAGCUCCCCCAGUGCGCGUGUCAGGGCGCACACGGGCCCGGCGAGCACGCGGACGACCCCGCCGUCACCAGCGACGCUCUGCUGGUCCUGGAAGGACUCGGGAGCGAGGACGUGGCCGGCUUGGGUCUGGAGGACGCGCAGGAGAAGAGAGACCUGGUCACCUGUUUACAAGCCCAGGUCGGCGGGCCGCCCGAAGCCCACCUGGACCCGCAGCAGCACCGGGUCAGCCCGGGAGAACCCCGGGCGACCGUGCCGCUUUCGCACACGCCGACACGGAACUCACCGUGGACCGGCAGUCCCGCCCGGGGCCAGCUGGUGUCCACGCCUCGCAGGAGGCCCGACAGGUGUGCCAGCGUGCCCAGGACCCCCGGAGGCGCCGACAAGACCCUGAAGGUGCCGGGGAAGUCCAAGAAGGGCUCGCUGAAGAUCCGACUCAGCAGAUUGUUCCGGACUAAGAGCUGCAGCGGAUCCACGCACCUUCUGGACAAGAGACCCUCCAUGACGUCCUCGGUGGUCUCUGCUGGAAGUCUGCUGGACGUGCAAAGUACUUCUGGACCUGUGCUGGACUCGGACAGCCUGAACCAGCCCAGACUGACGCGGGCCCAAAGUGCCUUCUGCCCCGCCUCCUUCUCUUCCUUCACUGGUGAGACGGUCUCUCUGGUGGACGUGGACAUCUCGCGGCGAGGGACAAACACGCCGCACCCCCCCACGCCGCCGCCUCCCCCUCGUCGAAGUCUCAGCCUUUUAGAUGACAUAUGGGGUCCUCAGCCAGGUGCGUCCCUGGUGAGUGUCAUGGGGGCGUCCCUGCAGUCCCUCCCCCUGCCACUCCCCCCUCCCGCCCCUCCCUCCCACGCCACCAUGCAGCACAGCGUCAGCCUCAACGACGCCUUCCUGCGAGCACUUCCGCAUUCAAAUCCAUCGCAGGCCGACGCUCCGCCCGCCGCAAGACAGGCCCCGCCCACCAUGCUCUGUGCGCUCCGCAGGUCCGAAGCCAGCAACUUCACGGCCAGCCUGAGAGAGCUGGAGAAGUGCGGCUGGUACUGGGGUCCAAUGAACUGGGAAGAUGCUGAGAUGAAGCUGAAGGGGAAACCGGACGGAUCUUUCCUGGUCCGAGACAGUUCUGACCCGAGAUACAUCCUCAGCCUCAGCUUCCGCUCGCAGGGCGUCACGCACCACACCCGCAUGGAGCACUACCGCGGCACCUUCAGCCUGUGGUGUCAUCCCAAGUUUGAAGACCGCUGUCACUCGGUGGUGGAGUUUAUCGAGCGAGCCAUCAUGCACUCCAAGAACGGCAAGUUCCUCUACUUCCUGCGCUCCAGAGUUCCAGGACUUCCUCCCACGCCGGUCCAGCUUCUCUAUCCCGUUUCCCGCUUCAGCAACGUCAAGUCGCUGCAGCACCUCUGCAGGUUCUGCAUCCGACAAAUAGUCCGCAUCGAUCACAUCCAGGAGCUUCCACUGCCCAGGCCGCUCAUCUCCUACCUGAGUAAGUUUUAUUACUACGACCCCGAGGAAGAGAUGUACCUGUCAAUCAAAAGCAUCCGGGCGGCGUUGACCCCGGCGCGGGAGGCGGAGUCUGACACGUGAUCUCGGCUCCCGGUCCAGAGUGCUGGUCUUGCUUCGCUGCAGAGAAAGUCCUGGUCCCCGGUCCUGGUCCCGGGUCCAGCUGGCUUGUUGUGUGGACGCCGGAGCAGCGGUGAGGAGAGCGCCACUGAGGACACGAACUGACUCAGUCUGGAGCUCAUCCGCUGGAUUCCAACUGCUUUCUUUGUACCGCCGUCCUCCCGCCUUUUCCCCGCCGUCUCUUUUCUUCGUGCGCAAACCAGACGGUUGAAGAUGCUCUCAGGGCAGAUAUACACCCUGGCGUGGUCACGGCCCACCGUCUUCUGUGGCGCCUCACUAGAAUCAAACACACGCCUUUCAUGCAUCGUCACUGCACGCCAUACGUGCACGCCGGCCACUUCAUUAGGUACACCUCGAAUGCCAGUCAUCCGUCAAUCAAACUUUAUCUUUGUAGCACUUUUACAGCAACAGCAACUAAGAAGGGAGUGAAAAGUGGCACUAAAUAAAUAUUGAAUAUUUGUAUAAAUAAUAAAUUAAUAAAAACACGUAAUAAUAGCCAUGAAUAAAAUAGAAAAUAACACAAUAAAAAUUAAAGAGUUUAUUAUGAUAAAAAGCUUGAAUAAAAUGGUUUGUCUUUUACCUUUUUAAAAAAAAAUAAAUAUCAACAGAUAUUAGGAAGGAUAAAUAACGAGGUAAAAAAAUACACUAUAUUGCCAAAAGUAUUUGUCCACCUGUCUUGACUCACAUAUGAACUUGGAAGUGCCAUCCCAUUCCUAACCCAUAGGCUUCAAUAUUACAGCUUCAACUCUUCUGGGAAGGCUGUCCACAAGGUUGCAGAGUGUCUUUAUAGGCGAGGUCACACACUGAAGGCCUGGCUCUCAAGUCUCCGUUCUAAUUCAUCCCAAAAAGGUGUUCUAUCGGGUUCAGGUCAGGACUCUGUGCAGGCCAGUCAAGUCACACACCAGACUCUGUCAUCCAUGUCUUUAUGGAUCUUGCUUUGUGCACUGGUGCACGGUCAUGUUGGAAGAGGAAGGGGGCCCCCGCUCCGAACUGUUCCCGCAAGGCUGGGAGCAUGGAAUUGUCCAGAAUGUUUUGGUAUCCUGGAGCGUUCACAAGGUUUGCAUUUAUAGGAAUUUUCCACCGUUCUUCCAAAAGCGCAUUGGUGAGGUCACACACACUGAAGGCCUGGCUCUCAAGUCUCCGUUCUAAUUCAUCCCAAAAAGGUGUUCUAUCGGGUUCAGGUCAGGACUCUGUGCAGGCCAGUCAAGUCACACACCAGACUCUGUCAUCCAUGUCUUUAUGUGUGCACAGUCAUGUUGGAAGAGGAAGGGGGCCCCCGCUCCGAACUGUCCCCGCAAGGUUGGGAGCAUGGAAUUGUCCAGAAUGUUUUGGUAUCCUGGAGCGUUCACAAGGUUUGCAUUUAUAGGAAUUUUCCACCGUUCUUCCAAAAGCGCAUUGGUGAGGUCACACACUGAAAAGCCUGGCUCUCAAGUCUCCGUUCUAAUUCAUCCCAAUUCAUCGGGUUCAGGUCAGGACUCUGUGCAGGCCAGUCAAGUCCCACACCAGACUCUCUCAUCCAUGUCUUUAUGGACCUUGCUUUGUGCACAGUCAUGUUGGAAGAGGAAGGGGGCCCCGCUCCAAGGUUAGGAGCAUGGAAUUGUCUUGACUUUAUACACCUGUGGUCGGGCCAAGUGAUUAGGACACCUGAUUCUGAUUAUUUGGAUGGGUGGCCAAAUACUUUUGGCAAUAUAGUGUAGGUAAAUGACACCUCAGAGAGUGAGGGGCACACUCACUAGCUGUAUUGACACUGCGCUGAUACCGCCUUGUGCUUUGUAAUAAUCAUCGGGCGUCUACUCGAUUACAAAAGUCACUACUUGCAAAUAAGUUAGUGAGCAAAAUCCAUCAAAGUUGACUUAUAUACACGAGUGUCUCAAAGGGCUGCACAAGCCGCGACGACAUCCUGGGCUCAGAUCCCACAUCAGGGCAAGGAAAAACUCAACACAAUGGGAUGUCAAUGAGAAACCUUGGAGGGGGGGCUGCAGAUGUGGGCUCCCUUGUCUCUGUGUUACUCUGGCGGCAUCUAGUGGUUGAGGGGUGACAUUACACCUCUAAUACGCUUUGCAUGCAUUUCAAAGGGAAAUGCGCUUCCGUGUAGUUUGAGGCAUGACUAAUAAGAGCCUCUGUGAUCAUACAAUAUUCAUGUGCCAGGGCGGGUGUCGGGGAUGCUGUACCUAAUGAAGUGGCCUUCCCACGUCAAAGUUGACAGAAUGUCUGAAAAUGUUUUAAUUGCUGAAAAACUCUUUGCACAUCUCAGUCUGUGCAUCUGUGAUGUGAUUGUGUGUUUAAAUUUGUGUGUCCGUAUUUCGACACAGAUUGAUUUACAGACACACAAUUUAAUACACACACAUGCAGAACUGAUUACACGCACACACACACACACAGAAUGAUACAGACACACAAAUUAAAACACGUACACGUGGAUCUGAUUACACACACACACACUGAUUGAGAUACAGACACACAAAUUAAAACACAUACACACAGAUCUAAUUUUAUACACACACACACACACAAACACGCAGAUCUAAUUACACACACACACAGAAGAAGAUACAGACACACAAAUUAAUACACACACAUGCAGAUCUGAUUACACACACACACACAAAAUGAGAUACAGACACACAAAUUAAAACACGUACACGUGGAUCUGAUUACACACACACACACUGAUUGCGAUACAGACACACAAAUUAAAAAAUGUACACACAGAUCUAAUUUUAUACACACACACACAAACACGCAGAUCUAAUUACACACACAGAAGGAGAUACAGACACACAAAUUAAAACAAGUACACGCGGAUCUAGUCACAUAGACAGACACACACACACACACACACAAAUUGAGAUACAGCACACAAAUUAAAACACGAGCAUGCGGAUGUAAUUACACACACACACACACAGAUUGAUUUACACACAAAUGAAUACACGCACUUGUGGAUCUGAUUACACACACAUAAACACACACAGAUUGAUUUACAGACACACACAUUAAAACACGUACACGCGGAUCUAAUUACACACACACACAGAGAUUGAGAUACAGACACACACAUUAAAACACAUACAUGCGGAUCCAAUUACACACACACACACACACUCACACACUGAUUGCGAUACAGACACACAAAUUAAAACACGUACAGAUCUAAUUUUAUACACACACACACACAAACACGCAGAUCUAAUUACACACACACAGAGAAGGAGAUACAGACACACAAAUUAAUACACACACAUGCAGAUCUGAUUACACACACACACAAUGAGAUACAGACACACAAAUUAAAACACGUACACGUGGAUCUGAUUACACACACACACUGAUUGCGAUACAGACACACAAAUAAAAAAAUGUACACACAGAUCUAAUUUUAUACACACACACACAAACACGCAGAUCUAAUUACACACACAGAAGGAGAUACAGACACACAAAUUAAAACAAGUACACGCGGAUCUAGUCACAUAGACAGACACACACACACACACAAAUUGAGAUACAGCACACAAAUUAAAACACGAGCAUGCGGAUGUAAUUACACACACACACACACACACACAGAUUGAUUUACACACAAAUGAAUACACGCACUUGUGGAUCUGAUUACACACACAUAAACACACACAGAUUGAUUUACAGACACACACAUUGAAACACGUACACGCGGAUCUAAUUACGCAGACACACAUUAAAACACGUACACGCGGAUCUAAUUACACAGACACACACAGAUUGGGAUACAGACACACACAUUAAAACGUACACGCGGAUCCAAUUACACACACACACACACACACACACUCACACACAGAUUGCGAUACAGACACACAAAUUAAAACACGUACAGAUCUAAUUUUAUAUACACACACACACACAC